AUGCACAUACUGCUGCUUGCCGCUUCUAUCCCCCAGAAAGCGCAUGUUUUUCUGUCUCUGCUGCGCGGCGCGAGAACCCAGGGCGUCGAGCCCGGGUUGCGCCAAGAACGAGGGAGGGAGGCGAUUGACUUUCCCGAAGAGUGGAUUGCUCGGGAGGCGGUGUGGCGGGUGUUUCUGCUAGGCCUUUUGGGGAGUGUUCACAAUGUCGGAGGUGUUAGCGAUGCUGCAGCAGUGCUGCGUUUCAGCCACUCCGAGGCAAAACAGGAGCGGAGACCGGUUGGGCUUAUUGGGUUGCCGAUCCGAGCAGCUCGGGCACGAAUUGGCUGUACUUCUGGCAACGUUCCCACCCGACAGCAGCUUCUCUCUCUCUCUCUCUCGUCACGCUACAUAUCUCGCCAUCUCGUCUUCAGCUGUCCAUCAGCCACCCGUCAGCAUCAGUUUGUCAGCUCUCUCGCCGAUUGUCCGUUGAUCUUCCGCCGAUCUUCCGCCGUCUUUCCGCCGUCUGCCACUUUCCCAGCCAUGGCCGUCACCGCGCUAUCAGCGUCUGAGCUGCUCACGCUCUGCGAGCAGGACGUGUCGAUCAAGCUGACGCCGGAGCAGCUGGCGCCGGUGCUGUCGACGACGCCAUUCAUUGUCAUCGAGGGCACGUUCAAUGCGCGCGACAUUGGCCGGGUGCCACGCAGCGAGCAGGCGAGCCAGCGAUUGCGGCCGGGCUUUGCCUUUCGGAGUGGCGGGCUCAGCCGGCUGACCGACGGGGGCAAGGCGACCAUUGCGGAGCUGGGGGUGCGGCGGAUAUUUGAUUUGCGGUCGCAGAGCGAGCACGCGACGGCGCCAGACCCGGUGGUCUCGGAGACGGUGACGCUCGUGUGGGAGAAGCCGUCCAAGGCGACGCCGCACGUGACGCUGGAGCCGUUUGCCGAAGGUUUCGGCGAAGCCGGCUAUGCGGCCAUGUACCUGGACGUGCUGGACUCGUACAGCCCGUCGUUCCGGGUCAUUCUCGAGCACGUGCGUGACCGGCCAGAAGAGCCGUUCCUGUUUCACUGCACGGCCGGCCGUGAUCGUACCGGCGUCACGGCGGCCCUGCUGCAGACGCUAGCCGGCGAGCCGGCCGAGAUUGUCGCGCUCGACUACGUGCUCUCGCGUCUCGGCAACGAGCCGGUGCGCGAGGAUCUCGAACGGUUUGCGCGCUCGGGCGCCGGCGUGCUGGCCACCUCAACAGUAGCAGCCGAGGACGUCGACCUGACGGCGCCACCGCCGCCCGGCUUCGACAACCUCUUGAAUCUGCGGGUCCGCUGCCUCAAGGCUUUCUUGGACGCACUGGACGAGCAGUACGGCCCCAAUGGGUUCGUGGGCUAUGCCAAGAGCUUGGGAUUCUCGGACGCCGACCUGGCCACGAUCAAGACGAACCUGACGGCCGCGCCCUGA